AUGGAAAAGGACGGCAAGAGCGGAGCGGGCAAAGAGAUCGCGCAGGAGGGGCUGGCCGCCGACGCCGAGGGCUACAGCCCGUACGUGAACAGCGAGCACGGUGUGUCGCUCGUGUAUCCGGAAGAAUGGAAGAAGAGCGAGGGCUACAUGGGCACGAUCGUGUCCUUCCUCUGCCCUGACGACGCCACGGGCCGCACGUCGCUCAAUCUGCUGGUGCAGGAGGUGCCGCCCGGUAUCACCCUCGAGGACUACUCGGCCGAAUCGCUGGGCCAGAUGAAGCAGAUGAUGGCCGACACGGAGUUCAAGGUGUGGGACGGCGACAUGUUCGCGCAGGCGGGCAAGCGCAUGCAAUUCGUGGCGGACAUGGGUCCCUUCACCGUCAAGGUCUUCCAGGCCUGGACGGUGGCCAAGGACCAGGCCUACAUCCUCACCUACUCGGCGCCCGCCGACACGCACGACCUGCACCGCGAGCACGUCGAGAAGGUGAUCGCCUCCACCAAGUUCGUCAAGGCCGAGCCCAAGGAGAAGCCCAUCGAGCUCCUCUGCCUCAAGCACUACGAGAACCCCACCCACGCCUUCCGCCUCCGGUUCCCGCGCACGUGGACGGUGAAGGAGCCCGAGCGCGAGGGCGGCCCCGUGGUGCAGGCCAAGUACGAGGACGCCCUCGCCGUCCUCGACACCCAGACCUACACCCUGACCGCUGACGUGACGAUUUCGACGCUGCCCAACGAGUCGUGGGGCGUGGAGGAGUACAAGGACAUCGCGCUCAUGCGGCUGGGCGAUCUGGCGGGCGGAGAGGAGAACAUCCAGCUCAAGGACACCAAGAUGGGCGGCCAGCCGGCCAUCCAAGCCCGCUACGCCUCGCCCUCUGCUGGCACCACCAACCUUCACGUCUUCACCGUCAAGGACGGCAAGGCCUACAACAUUGCCUUUUCCACCAACACGCCCAAGAACGACACCCGUCCGUACCCCAUCUUCGCGCGCAUCCUGAGCUCCUUCACCAUCUUGUCGCCCGGGUACACGCCCAAGGCCAAGAUCCUGGCCCUGGAGCACCUCGUCUCGUUCGAGUUCCCCGAAGACGAGUGGCUGCCGAGGGAGGGCAUGAUGAUGACCACGGUGUCCUUUGAGCACGGCAUGACCGACGAAGGCGCGCCUCGUUCGAACGUCAACCUCGUGAUCACGGACCUCAACACUGCGCCCAUCAACGUUAGCUCGCUCGACGAAUUCGCCAGCAUUGUGCGCGAGCAGCUCGCCAUGGCCGUCGACUCGCUCAGCUUCGUGCACGAGAAGAAAGUCAAGAUGGGCGGCAAGGACGCUCGCGAGCUGCGCUACAAGGGCACCAUCUCCGACAGGGAGUUCGGCUUCCAGCAAACGUUCACAGUCCUCGACAACAACGCCUACGUCAUCUCCUUCUCUUCGCUCCUCGGCGACUUUGACACCGAGAUCGAGCUUGCCCUUCCCAUCAUCGAGUCCUUCCACUUCCUGUGA